AUGCCAGCGCAGCCGUAUGACAUCACCCGGGACCAGACGGAGAACCUCAUGCACACCCUGGGAUUUGCAAAGGCUGUUGGCCUCACCUUGCGGGUGAUGGCGACAGGUUUGUUCUUCGCUGCGGUCCCUUGCAACAGCUACACCUUCCUGAGCUCAGGGACGCAUGGAAGAAGUGAGGGCAGGCCAUUUGGCCGAGAGUGCUAUGGCUUCGUCCAUGAUGGCACGGUGCUGGCAGCAAGAGUGGCGCUGCUUGCAGCACUCAGCAUUGCCCGGCAGGUGCAAUGGUUCUGCGAGAACCCGCUGCGAACGACCGUGACCUACCACCCGUACAUUGCUCACCUGCUGCAAAUGGCGCCCACGCAGCCAACUGUGGUGAGUUGGCACAUGGGAAACUUCGGUGGAUGGAGUGCCAAGCCGCAGGUUGGCUUUGGAAAUGCGGGAUGGAUGCCCUGGCUUCAGCGCCCCAUGAGAAAAGGCUUGCGGCUCCUCCUGAAGCAACGCCGGGAGUUCCAGGGCGGCAAGGAGAUGGUGAAAACAACAAUCAAGAAGAACAGGGCGGGCGAGGAGGUUCGGCAAGU